AAGAUUUUAGAGUCUACGUUUCACAUUCUCUCGAGACAAUUUGCACAAGAACGUGUUGCAAUUUCUUAGAUGAGCCACGAUGCAGUGAUACUAGUGUACAAGAAGUGAAAAUUCGCAAACAUGAGUUGCAUUGAUCAGCUAUGUUUAUGCAUACAGGGCUGCAAAAAGUUAUGGGGAGGCCGUUUCUCUGAAGAUACGGAUCCAAAAUUUCAUGAACUGAAUGCAUCUAUUGAUGUUGAUAAACGAAUGUACGCCGAGGAUAUAGAGAGUAGCCUAGCAUACGCAAAAGCAAUACGAUCGGCUAAUCUCCUUUCGGACGAAGAAUUGCAAGCUAUAAUUAAUGGCCUUCAACAGGUGAAAGCUGAAUGGGAAAAGGGUCGAUUCGCCAUACAUGUCGAGGACGAGGACAUCCACACUGCAAAUGAACGGCGACUUUCGGAAUUAAUCGGGAACGUAGCGAAGAAAUUGCAUACCGGAAGAAGUCGGAAUGAUCAGACGAUAACAGACACAAAAUUAUGGCUUCGAAAGUCUAUAGACGUGCUUUUAAAGAAAAUGACGAAACUAAUUCAGGUUCUCGUCGAUCGUGCUGUAAAUGACAUAGAAAUUAUUAUACCCGGGUAUACGCACAUGCAACGUGCACAACCAGUAAAAUGGAGUCAAUGGCUGCUGAGUUACGCAUGGUACGCGAAAGCGGAUGUCGAGAGAUUGCAAGAGAUUCGAAACCGAGUAAACGUAUUGCCUUUGGGCAGUGGCGCAAUAGCGGGAAGUCCCUUCCAAAUUGAUCGACGUUCCCUGGCCAAUGAACUGAAUUUUUUUGAAAUAACAGAGAACAGUAUGCAUGCUGUAGGGGACAGAGAUUUCGUCGCUGAGUUUCUCUUUUGGUCAUCAUUAACGGCAAUCCAUCUGAGUCGUCUCUGUGAGGAUUUGAUAAUUUAUAACAGCGAGGAAUUCGGUUUUGUGAAAUUCUCUGAUCAAUUUUUGACGAGUAGUAGUUUAAUGCCUCAAAAAAGCAAUCCUGACUGUAUGGAACUGAUUCGUGGGAAAGCUGGUACCCUUCUUGGAAAAUGUAUGGGUUUUAUGACUACAUUAAAAGGAAUUCCAUCUACUUACAAUAAGGAUCUUCAAGAAGAUAAAGAGGCUUUGUUUUCUACUUGCGAUAUCUUAAAUAAUAUAUUUGUUGUCAUGACUGGAGCAUUAAACACGCUUGAGGUGAAUAACAGGAAGUGUGCAGACGCACUAACAUCUAAUAUGUUAGCAACGGAUAUGACAUAUUAUCUCAUUCGAAAAGGGAUUCCCUUUAGAGACGCUCAUUAUUUAUCUGGAAAAGUUAUUGCUCUGUCAGAUUCGUUCGAAGUGUCUCCUUGUGAGUUGACUCUUGAACAAUUACAAACUGUGAGUGAAAUGUUCCAAGAAGAUGUUAUGCAAAUUUGGAAUUUUUCCAAUAGCAUUGAACAAUAUAAAGUUGCAGGUGGAACUAGUACAUUAGCAUUGAGAGAACAAAUUAAUAAUCUUCGAACUUGGUUACAGCAAUAUAAUUUUGCCUAAGAAAUAAAAAUAAUAACGUGUACCACUUGAUCAAUGAUGAAUAACUUUAAAAUAAAAUUGCGGGAAAAAUUGGAA